AUGGCUCCCAUCCGCGUCAACCGCGUCAAACAUCGCGAACGAGAAAAGCCAGUAGCCGCAGACGCCUCGAAAUCAAAAGCAGCUAUCGCCGAAUCUGCACAUGUUGCUGCAGUAGGAGAAGCAACAGCAACCACAAAAGAACGCACCGCAUCUCCAGAACUCUCUCGCAAACAACCACGCGCAAAAGAAGUCCAAGUAGUCCGCACAGAAAGAAGAUGGAAGGGAGCCUGGGAAGACAGCUCCGACGAUGAUCUAGCCAUCAAGCCCGAACCCACAGACGAAGGAUCCUCCAUCACAGCAGCACCUCUCUCAGAAAACAUCGCUCUCAAAGAAUCCGCCUCUCCUGAAAGCCGUCGCAAAUCAAAAGGAAAAGCCGCCGCAACAAGAAAACACGCUCUACCCACCGAAGCACCAGCAAUGCAAACUGCAGAAGAGCGUCGUGAAUGGGAACAGCACCAAAUGGAUCUCGAAAUCAUCCGUCAAGAACUGGGAGAGAUUUCUUUGCCUGUUACCAAACCUGCAACCACCAACAAAGACGCAGAAGGAGAUACCGCCAUGGCAGAAGGCGAACAAGCAGAUCUAGCAGAAGGUGCAGAUGCAGCUACUUCCCUCCCAACAGAACAAACCUCAUCAACACAACCACCACCAGACCGCCGCACCGACCGCGUCUACCUCUUCCAAUUCCCUCCCAUCCUACCUUCUCUCGUCCCCGCAACCGUAAAACCCGAACCCUCAUCUCCAACCCUGUCCAAGAAAACCCCCGCAACCUCCACAGCAUCAGCAUCAGCAAUCGAUGUAGACGCCUCCUCAACAACCGCAAAACCAACCCCGAAAUCAAAACAAGCAGUUCCAGAAUCUGCAGGACAGAUGCACUCACCCUUCCCCUCUGGUCUAGUCGGAAAACUACGCGUUCACGCCAGCGGCAGAACAACUUUAGAUUGGGGAGGCACUUCCUUGCAAGUUGGUAUGGGCACAGACGUGCAAUUCUUGCAAGAUGCAGUGGUUGCAAAGUUCAACGAUAAGAGUGAUGUAGCAGGGGCAAAGGGUAAAGAAGAGGAGCAAGAAGAAGGUGCGUUUGGUGGAGAGGUUAUGGGAUUAGGUCAGGUGAGGGGUAAGUUUGUUGUUACGCCGGAUUGGGAGGAGAUUGUUGGUGUGAGGAUUUAG